CUGCCACGUCUGCAGAAGCACGCGCCGCCGGGUACGUGUCUAUGACCAUUGCAAAAGACACGAGCGCAAUUCUGCACUCUGCUUUUCGCCACGCCAACUACGUACUCGCAUGGCGCUCAACCAACUCCUCCAUAGAAAAAGCCGCCUCACGCGCCGGCGCGCCUCGAGCAUCCGGACCAUGCGCAACGUCGAGGUGCCCCGCUACGAAGUGCUUCGGUCGUCGAAAACGACCGUGUACAUUACGACGGUCGACAACGGUACCGACUACUGGGAACUCCCGAUCCGGUACUCCAAGUACCACGACUUCUUCACAACGCUCUGCAAGACGGACAAGAAGUGGGUUGCGAAGCUCCCAUUUCCCGAAAAGUCGUUUGGCUUUGGGAAGGACUCGCCCGACUUUCGCCGGCGCCAGCUCGACCUCUUCAUGCGCCAGCUCAACGCGCUCUUCACGUCCCUCUCGGCCGAGGGCCAGGACGUCGUCAUGGACUUUCUCGAAGCCAAGCACCACGUCUACCACUACGAGCGCGAAGCCUCCAUCUACGACCAUUACGACGACGAGAAGGCGUCGCGCCGCGGCUACAAGUCGUCGGUUGCGUCCGACACCGACUGCGAAGACAACGCGAGCGAGCACAACAACCUUGACGGCCUCUCGUCACCGUCGUUCCCGGAUCGGACGUCGUCGCUCCACCACGUUCGGUCCUCGUCGCUGCAUUCGUCGUCGCACUGCUCGUCGAUCCACGAAGAAGAGGUUAAGCUCCCACCGAUCGUUGAGCCCGUGCCGACGCCAGUCGCACCGACACCGGUGGUCGCGCCCGUCGUCGCACCGACGCCGACCGUCGUUGUCGCAACACCGGCACCGAAACCCAAGCUCCACACACUGGUGUCGCAGGUCGAGGGCUAUGCACCGAUGGGCCCGUCGGCCGCGCCGAUCUGGCAGCAGCACGAGACGACACUCUCGACGUACACGCGACCCGCACACCUCAACCCUGUUGUCGUCAAGACGUGGGGCGUCCUGUACCCGACGCUGUUCCCGCAGCAGGUCGGCGGCGCUCCCAAGCCGCUUGCGGCCACCACUGCGUCCGACUAAGCUCGCAGUACUUCACCACCUUCCGUCUACGAAGCAAUCCCCCACCAGUUCCUAUGUAAUGUAUAUAAGAUAUGAAUUUUCUCCCAA